AUGGCUAUGGGUGAGAGAAAGCAGCAAGAGGCCAAGGGCAUGUUACGUUCCCGACAGGCAGUGAGCAUCACGGCUGUGAAAGUCUCACCAAACCCGGCGGCUCUCGCAGCCGAGCUUAACCUGGAAGUGAAUUUUCAUUUAGAAGCGCCUAUCGCCAACGGUGUCUGGAAUAUCGAGUAUCUGGUGGACUCCGUCAUGAAGCAUCAUAUAAUCAAUAUCCUUUCCAUGCCACUCAAUAUAUUUGCGUUGUCUUUCAAUCACGAACGACCAGCCCCUGACUAUGCUCGAGGCGACAAUCGGUUCCAGUUUUCGACUCCGCAAGUCAAUAUUUCCGGCCUUCAGCCAAGUCAACUAACCAACUGUGGUUUGUUGAUUGCGUCGUUCAAGGAUGAAGACGGAGAUAUUUUAGAUCUCAAUAUGGUCAUUCAGGUGUCUGAGCAACGCGGAGGGCUUCAACGGAUUAUCUACAGUCCUCUAGAAUAG